AUGGGGAUGUUGGCGUCGCUGGACGCGAUGUGGGAGAUGUCGGCCGAGAAGCGUAUCUUCGGGGCCGUGUUGCUCUUCUCCUGGACAGUGUAUCUUUGGGAGACCUUCCUAGCACGGCGGCAGAGACGGAUAUAUAAAACAACAACUCAUGUACCACUGGAGUUAGGACAGAUCAUGGAUUCAGAAACAUUUGAGAAAUCUCGACUGUAUCAGCUGGAUAAAAGUACUUUCAGCUUCUGGUCAGGACUCUAUUCAGAGAUUGAAGGCACUCUUAUUCUUCUCUUUGGAGGAAUCCCUUAUCUCUGGAGACUCUCUGGGCGGUUCUGUGGCUAUGCUGGCUUUGGACCAGAAUAUGAGAUCACUCAGUCCUUGGUGUUUCUGCUGUUGGCUACACUUUUCAGUGCAUUGACUGGUUUGCCGUGGAGUCUUUAUAAUACUUUUGUGAUAGAAGAAAAACAUGGUUUCAAUCAGCAGACUUUGGGGUUCUUCAUGAAAGAUGCAAUCAAGAAAUUUAUUGUGACUCAGUGCAUUUUAUUACCUGUGUCUUCACUUCUACUUUACAUUAUUAAAAUUGGGGGAGACUAUUUUUUUAUUUAUGCCUGGCUGUUCACACUAGUUGUGUCUCUGGUGCUUGUCACCAUCUAUGCUGAUUACAUUGCCCCUUUAUUUGACAAAUUCACACCUCUUCCUGAGGGAAAGCUUAAACAAGAAAUUGAAAUCAUGGCAAAGAGUAUUGACUUCCCUUUGACUAAGGUGUAUGUUGUUCAAGGAUCUAAACGCUCUUCCCACAGCAAUGCUUAUUUUUAUGGCUUCUUCAAGAACAAGCGGAUAGUUUUGUUUGACACUCUACUAGAAGAGUAUUCUGUACUAAACAAAGACAUCCAGGAGGAGUCUGGCAUGGAACCCCGCAAUGAUGGAGAAGGGGACAGUGAAGAAAUAAAAGCUAAAGUUAAAAAUAAGAAACAAGGAUGUAAAAAUGAGGAAGUGCUUGCUGUGCUAGGCCAUGAACUGGGGCACUGGAAGUUGGGACACACAGUCAAAAAUAUCAUUAUUAGCCAGAUGAAUUCUUUCCUGUGUUUUUUCUUGUUUGCUGUAUUAAUUGGUCGAAAGGAGCUUUUUGCUGCGUUUGGUUUUUCUGACAGCCAGCCCACUCUAAUUGGACUGUUGAUCAUCUUCCAGUUUAUUUUCUCACCUUACAAUGAGGUUCUUUCUUUUUGCCUAACAGUCCUAAGCCGCAGAUUUGAAUUUCAAGCUGAUGCAUUUGCCAAGAAACUUGGGAAGGCUAAAGACUUAUAUUCUGCUUUAAUCAAACUAAACAAAGAUAACUUGGGUUUCCCUGUUUCAGACUGGUUGUUUUCUAUGUGGCAUUAUUCUCAUCCUCCACUACUAGAGAGACUUCAGGCUUUGAAAAAUUCAAAACAAGACUGA